ACUACCAAGCCAAUGACGACACUCGGAUGAUUCUAUUUCGCUGUGACGCGUUUGCAGUCAGUCGGGUCCAUGCAUGGCCCUUCGCGGAUACCGACCGUGGCGCCUGGUGUGGGUAGAGUCACUUCCCGCCCGGUGAAACCUGGCCUAGGCCUAGCCGGGGCGUAACUCUGCUCUAUGAAAAGUUCUGCGCUGAGCCAGCCGUGCUCAGUUUGUCGCUUGGCCUGGUCGGUACGUUACUACAUGUAGGGCCGACGGGCUGAUCAUCGUCUUCGUCUUCGAGGACCUUCCCGAUCGUCAACCGCCGCAGACUGAUCAGACAAGAGCUACAGCCUACAGACUUCGCGUUCAUCACUGCCAGUGCAGUACUGGUUGUACUAGCGACCCCCCAAGUCCACUGACUGAGGUCAGGAGAACGGUACAGGCGCUAGGCUACAAUCCGGGUCAACGUGCACACUGCAUGCUCAGCUGAGUUUGCACCUGGAAGCGGAACUCGGAGGGCAGCUGAUGAACUGUAGCUAUUUGGAGAAUGCUUAGCGCCUGCAUGCACUCUUCCUGAAAGUAAGUAAGUAAUUAGUUACCAGUAGUUGGUCCUGAUCCAGCUGCUGCAUUACGAUGUCUGCCAGCCAGGACAAGGUGCUCCCCGCUGUCGAAGCGGGCAGCCACACAAGCACGGCUCGUGGCGGCUCCGGUGCGACGACACUAGCGGACGCGGAGCUUGACAAGUUAGCGAGAGCUGUGAUUUCAGCUUCUGCAAUGGCUCGUGCCGGCAAUGCAGAGGAGGAACUGGCGGAAGCACUGGACCGUUUGACGAAGUGGGUCCAGGGUAGCGUUGGGAACGGUGCAGAGAGGAGGUCGUUUACAACAGGUGUUGAUGCUGAUGCUGAUGCUGAGGCUGAUUGUGCUGGUGCUGAUGCUGGUGCUGGUGAUGCUGGUGCAGGUGCUCCUGUUGCUGCUGCUGCUGUUGAUGCUGCUGUUGAUGCUGGUGAUGCUGCUGCUGUUACCUCUGAUGAUGUUGGUGAUGGCCCACACCCAGGAGGAGCCAGUGCAGUCAGUCCUGACGGUGAAAGUUUUGUGGCAUCGCGGAAUGAACGAAUAGCGGCUCUGGUCAAGCAGAAUGGUGGAACCUUUGUGGCACAGUUGGUGGGCAUUAUCGAGAGCGACAUGUGCUCUUCAUCGCCAAUGGUAUCUGAGUCGUUGUUCAAGCUCCUUGCCAGCAUCACCCGGGCCAGCACCUGGGAAGCUGGAGUGCACGUCGCUCUGCUUGAGGCCAGGGUCGUUACGAAGCUCGCGGAGCACACGGACGCCAAGAAUGUUGAUACAGCCAAGCUGGUGGCUUGUGUUCUAGAAGGAUUAGCAAUGGCGGGAGCUGCACGACUUGAGUACAAACAUGAAGUGCACAAGAUGCUGGACUACAUCUACAACCUGAUGAACCAGCAUUGCUGUGAAUGGAUGCGCGAUUGCAAGCUGGCCGUGCUUUGCUGCAAGUGUAUAGCGUAUGUCAUAACGGGCCAUACACGCUAUCAGGGCAGAGUGUGGGACGUCGUGGUUGAGAAGGCCGAAGUGGAUCCCGGAGUGGAUCCCGAAUACAACAAGCUCGUUAGAUUGCGCAAGAACAUAUCUCGAAGCAAACUGCCACUUGAGCUUCACCUUAUCCUGAAGCGUGUGCUGGCAUUUGCAGUUUCUCAGUGUAUUGACCGGCCAGAGCCAGGAACAAACGACAUUCCUAUUGUGGAUCUAAUCGACGUGCUUGUCUGGUGCCUAAGAGCUUUGUACAUGCUGGCAUAUGACAACCACGGCAUACGAAGUGUUCUGUUAAAGGAUAACGUGGUGCCGCUUGUCAUGGAGGCACUUACUGUCGGCGGUGAAAGGCGACCGUCGGGCCAGGCAGAGCAACCGGAGCGAUACUAUCGCCUGGGUCCGGUCGCGUGCAACGGCAUAUUGUUACUGCAAGAGCUGGCCAAGCAUGACACGGCACAGCUGCUGCACUGCAUCCCGCUGGUUCGUGACAAUAGCGUGCACCAGCUGGCCAUCCAAUACCUGAAAGACUACGGGGUGGAGAGUCAGUCGACGGAGCGACUCCUGCUGACGAAAUGUGCACUGUCGCUGCUUGCCUGCACAGUGCGUGUGGGCGACAAGCCGGGUAGGAAAAUCAGCCAUGACUACCGCCGUGGUCUGCAGUGGCAGAUCUUCACGAACACCAUUGGAGAUCUGAUGAAGGUCAUGGCGUUGUACGAGGAUGACGAUGACCAGCAGGUCACCGAGCUAGCGCUGGAGUACCUCUGUGUAGCACUGGAGUCGAGCAGUGGCGAGGCGAUUGUCAAGGCGCUCCUCAACGAGCACGGGAUGCUGUCAGUCGUCGUCCAACUUGCGCAGGUGCGCUUCGAGCGACCAUACAGACACGUGCUGAGAAAGGCACUGAUACUGAUCGCGCUGCUGGCAAGAAACGGCGGUGAGCACUUCAAGAAGAUCCUGAUGCCGCAGCCAUCGCAGCAGGUCCUGGCUAGCACAGCCAUAGCGGCAGCGGCUGCAUCGCCGGCUCCUGGAACGCCUCGUCGACGACGCCGGCUCGGCAUCCUCCAGCGGCAAAAGCAGGCACCGGGAACUGAAAAUGGCGUCCCGUCUUCUUGUGCUGGUGGUCGUGUGCACGAUGACGUUGGCAUCAGCCCUGUGGGAGAGUCGCUGGCACACAUACUGGCCAAGUCGAUCAGGGAAGCGAGCAGUCCCGAUGACAGGGAGCUGUACGUACUGAUCGAAGCCUACUGUGCGGUCAAGGAGGUGGCCAAACAUGGCCAUGCAAUCAAGAAAGCCUUGUUCAAGUACGGAACGCAUCAGACUCUGUUGGACGAGGUCUGCGGUAUCAAGCAUAGCGACACCGAUGCAGGCUUAGUGAAGCACGCAACCAACGCCCUGAAGGUACUUGGCUCAUCAGAUUCGCGCAGGAUUGUCGACGCCAUGCUGCAUGAGGCGAUGGAGGAACGGCGUCAGGAAGUGUGUCGGAGAAAUUCUUCCAGUUCGCUGUCCUCUCAGGAGCAAGAUUAUGAUCCAGAUCGUCACCCUCAGCACGUCUGCUGGAUGGUCAAGGAGCUCUCCGCAGACACAAAUCAGCAGGUCGAUGGCAGGACGUUUCUGAGUCGAGCCGUUCUGGAUGGAGACGGUGAUCGUGCGAUGGUUGGCGCCAUCUUGACUGGAGACGUGGUGGCCAGUGAUAUCGAGCAAGUACUGCAGCAGGCUCUGCGUAAGGCAGAAGUUCCCGGAAAACGCUCCGCGACGCAGCCUAUCAUUUCACAGCUUCUGGCUUAUCGGCAGAAGCACGCGUUUGACAAGACCACGGUCAACUUUAGAGGCUUGCUCAACUGCAACCCGCACAGCACAUGGCUUGAGUCGAUACUGGAUUCGUCGUCGAAUCUCAUCCAGUUUGCGGACCGAAAGCGGGAGCUGGGAGCUGAGCUAUUGAAAAAGCAUUCGGAGAUCACCCGUCCAGAUAUUACACAGCUCGAGGUGCGCGGCAGGACUGGCACAAGACCACCAUGCCCACUGCAGCAUGGCUAUAUGGCUGGUCAUUUCGCAGUGCCGGAAGGCAUCGAGGAGGAAUCCGGCGCCAGUGACGCCUUCGACUCGGGGGCGUCGCGACCGGCCAGCCGUGCCUCAAAUGCAGAUACGUCCGAUGCCUCAGGCGCACAGCCCUACGCUACGGCGGCGAAUGCCGGCCGAAGAUACAGCAGGCCUGCUCGCAGGGGAGGUGUGGUGCGUGACAUGUCGGAGAGGUACCGGGACGCACAUCGCUUUGAUCCCAGCUGCAGUGCCAGGUCACCAUUGCCCCCUGCCGACCCUCUCCCUCACAACUUUCUGUAUCGCGACGAGAGCCUGUGUGGUGUGCUCAGCGGCGUUGAUAAACUACCUGUUGCUGAUACGGCAUGGUACCAGCGCAAGCAUGAGGCACGCACUCCCCGACAGUCACAGACCGACAGCAUUGAUCCGUCCACUCAGCCAUCAGGCGUGACUGCCGUACAGAUCCACGGCCCUGAAGGCGGUGCAGAGGCUGGUGUGGCACGCCCGCCACCGGCGACAAGCUCCGCCGAAUCGUUGCCCGGUGUGGAGCGCAGCGCCGACAGGACACGCGGGCCACCUAGCGUUCGGAAGCAAGCAGGCCAGAGAGGCAGUCCCGGAACAUCGUCGAAACCUGUGCGCGUUGACCUGUCGGACAAUCACAUCACAAGUUUGGAGAAUAUCCUCAGCCUGCACGACACCACUGCCACGGCACUCAUACUGCAGAACAAUGACCUAAAAGACCUGCCACGCAGACUCAAAGGCACCUUUCCUAAACUGAGGUUGCUCGACGCGUCCGGCAAUUGCAUGGAACAGAUACCCUCGGCUCUUGUCCAUCUAACCAGUCUGACGCAUGCAGAUCUCUCCUACUGUGGGAUUUCCAGGGCGACCCCAAUGUUUGAUUGCUAUUCCGUUCAGGCUUAUGGCGACAAUGAGAUGUUCGAGUCUGAUUUUGAGCAAGCCGCCACCAUGCCACAGACUGCUGGGGCACCAGGAGCAACAGCAGCAGAAUCAAGGCCUGGUUCGACCAGUUCAUCUGCACUCUCUCCACUUCGUAGUCCGCAAUCUAUAAAUUCUGAUGACCAGCAUCCAGAAAGAUGCCGGCUCAAGGAGCUAGAUCUUCGCGGAAACCACCUGUCAGCACUGCCGGUUGAUUUCCACCAGGCGUUCAGGUCGUUGAAGAAGCUGUGCUUGCAGAAGUGCAAGUUUAGCAGCCUACCCAGUCGAGGACUGGGUGCCAUGCCGUAUUUGCAGGAGCUCGACCUCGGAAGCAACGAACUAGAAGCCCUGGAUGACAGCAUAAGCAAUCUUGGAAGCCUAGAGAAACUCAUCUUGAAGUCCAACAGAAUCAGUGUGUUACCGUCGUCUGACUGUGCGUCCAAACUACAUCGGUUGGCACACAUCGAUCUCGGCCGCAAUCGCCUCGGCACCAACACCGCAGGGACUUGGGACUUUGUGCGGCACCUGCCCCACGUGAAGACUAUCCUUUUGAGCAGUAACGAACUGACAGGUACGAUUCCAGCACCGGCCGACUGGGCAAGUAAAGUCGUGAGCAAAUUGGCACUGGACAACAACCAGUUUGACGUCUGGGACCUCAGCAACGGUGCGCAGCACUGGACACAGUUGAUCUGGGUGAGCUUGAAGAACAAUCAGCUGUCGCACGUACCGAAGGAAAUCGGAAGCCUGAGACAUCUCCAGGAGCUCUUUCUCAGCGGCAACAACGGCAUCCGAGAGCUUCCCAGCGAUAUGCAGUACCUGGACGACUUGCUCAUUUUCCCCUGGGCCGAUUUGCAGCUGGAGCCGCCAUUGCCGACAGAGCGUACUGCAAAGUCCAUGAAGCGAUAUCUUCGAGAGGCCAAUACAGAUGCCAGGACGUUUAGCAACGUUCGCUUGGUCAUCAAUGCCACGUCGGAUCAGGUCAAGGGGCCGUUUCUGGAACACCUGGACACGCGUAAGAAGCCGAGGAAAGGCGAGCACAAUGAACAGGAAGGUGACAGCAUACAUCAGGAUGACAUCUCUGCCAAGUCGCUGUCAUCACGCUCCAAAGCCAGCCCACCAGUUCGCAAAGUGAUCACUAUCUGCGAGGAGGAUGCAGGCGGAGAGGAAGUGACGAUCGAGUGCUGGGACUUUCAUUCCGACAGCAAGGAUCACAAGGCACUUCAGGACGGAUUCCUGGCCAGGCGCUCAGCAUACCUGGCCAUGUUUAAUGCGUCUAAGCCUGACGACGUGCUGCGAUUGCGACCGUGGCUGCAGACAGUGGCUGAGUCCAGUCCCGGAUGUCCCGUUGUGCUUGUCGGUAUUCCGGAGAAGUCAGCGCGAGCAGAGGGCACGCGAGUGCGCGAGAAUGUCGAGCGGCUAAGACGAAUUCUGCCCGACGGCCUCGUCCAUGCUUACAACGUCGACACUAUUCUCCAGAGACGCUUGCUUGGCAACCCGUGGGCAGACGUGCUUAAGACGGUCGUGGAGUCUCGUGCCGCCAGUGCUGCCCUGCAUGCCAAGGUGCAGAGCUUCUGCCACGACCUGCGCGACGAGAUCAUGCUCGUGCGCCAGAGCAGAUCCUGGCGCGACUGCAUGGUGGUGGACACUAAGAGAGUGAGAGAGAUUGCUGAGCGGGUGCGCAGAAAGACCAGUGGCCUGGAAGGAAGGGGACAUUCUGACACGGAGCAACACGGCGUGACACAGCCUGUUGGGACUGCUGAAGAAGCAGAUGAGCUGAGCAGGCAAGCUGAACGGGACAAAGAGCAAGCAGACAAUGAGCUACACAUGGCGUUGCAAUUCCUUGAGGAGGUGGGCAUCGUCAUGCACUUGCCGGACUCGCAUCUGGGUCUUCACGCCUAUUACUGCUUGCAUCCGGCACGCUUGUGCAACUGGAUUGCCGUGCACGCACUUGGCGAGAUGUCCAUGGGGAACUCUGAAGUUGACCGACAGCGGGCUGGGUACAGUCUGCAGACAAUGGAUUGCCUGGACGGAGACCACGGCGCCGCGUCACUGGUCCGUCAACUGAUGCAUUUGCUGGAGCAACUCUGUAUGGCAUUGCCGCUCAGAGGCAUUCGUGCAGGAACAACCGACACCAGAGCCAGCAGCGGUGGUGUUGGCCAAUCGCCGAUGCUCUUUAUCCCGUCAAACCUUCCCAGCCAUGGCACUGACCGGAAUCUUAAAGGCAACGGCAAAGUCGUGCGCUACUUGCUGCUCCCAUCUAUGUCGCAUGCCCUCGUCACGCGGCUUCUCGCCCAUCUGCUGCAGUUUGCACGCGUGUUUGACAAACUAGAUGGCACCGUCGGUAAUCCGAAGCUUUGGAAAACCGGCAUCAGUGUCAAAUGGCCACACAAGAUUCUCUUCAAGGUCGAGUGCUGUCGUUACAGUGCCGAGAAGGAUAAUACCGACUGGCCCGAUGUUGAUGCAAGCGUCCGAGACUACAGACAGGACAUGAUACGAGUGGAGGUAGAGUACCGGAGCCCACUGCCUGGAGCGCCACCGCCAGCCGCAUGCAUGCCCUACCAGCACAUGUUCUGCUACCUGAUGGAGACCAUACUAGCAAUGCUCGACGAGUGGCGAAUGCCACUGACUUACUGGCAGCUUGACAAGCCCGAGAGGCUUCAGUAUGCCGUGUGUCCACAGUGCAGCGGCCAUGGUCGUAUCGCCUGGCCGCUUGAUGUCAUUACAGCACGUUCAGCGGAGAGUCCCUGGUGUUGCAGUCGCAAGCACCCCGAGGCGUGUUUCCUGCCCCGUGAUCUGGCGCCAGAGCUGGAUGAGUCCUGGCGUUGUGGUGUACAGGAUCUGAGUGGCAGCAAGCGCCUGGUCCAGGUGAAACGGCUCGGCGGCGGGGGCUUCGGAGAAGUCUCCCGCGACAAGAUGCGCGACGAAAACACGGGAGUGGAUGUGAUCGUUGCAACAAAGAAGUUCUUAUCAUGCCUGGGGUCCAGCGCCGAGGAGAAUCUCCGCGACGAGCUGAGAAUCGUUGCCGAGCUCCGUCACCCCAGUAUCGUAAGCGUGCACGGCUUCCACCAGUCAGACGCUGGUCAAAAGCUGGUUAUGGAGAUCGCUGAGCAUGGUGCGCUGAAUGACCUGCUCGCGAAGAAACGUGUGCACAGCUCCCUGCUGCAGGUGGACUUUGUCCACAAAGUGGCUCUGCAGGUUGCCCUGGGUUUAGAAUGCAUGCACGGCAAGUGCAUUGCCUUCAGGGACAUGAAGCCCCACAACAUUCUCAUACGGUCGCUGGACAUCUCCACCGAGCGCGUGGCUGUCCUCACCGACUUUGGCAUCUCACAGUGGUGUGGCCCGGCUGGGCUCAGCAAGUUAACGGGCACAGCGGGCUACCGGCCACCGGAAAUGAUCUCCUCCGCCACAGGCACACUGCACUAUGACGAGAAGGCUGACAUAUUUUGUUUUGGACUGGUCCUGUGUGAGCUCGCAACGGGUGGCAAGCGUCCGUUCCUGCCCGGUGCUAAUCACAUCAUGCGCGAGAAAGACAUGCUGGAGGUCUACGGCGCGAGUCGUGAAACGCAGGCCGCUCGUCUGCACGAGGUCCUCUCCGACCUGCUGUACUGGCCUGCCAUGUACAACCUCGUUAAGCAGUGCCUGCAAGAGUCGCCAGAACAGCGGCCGACUGCCGGCGAGCUAGUCCGUCUCUUGCAGCACGCCGACUUUGCCUGCAUUCGCGGUAGAGCCACGCUGCCAAGGGAUCACAAGUCUCCCCUGGUCGUACUUGGCAUGGAUGCGUUUGAGCAGCCAGUUUCCGGAGCCCCACAGGCGUGGGCGUGCGUGGGCAGAGAAGACGGCAGAGAAGACGGCAGCGACGUCCAGCUCUACUCGUUUGACCUGUCCAAGCCCGGCCUCGGGCGUGAGGUGCGCACGAUGCGUGACCAAACGCCAGCGCUGAGCGGGCACAUCGUCCUGGCGGAGAUCGGUUCUCAGCACUUCAUCAUCACGGGCGCCCGCGGUGGCACAGUCUGCAUCAUUCGCAGUAAGGACCACAGCGUUCGCGUGCGGAAACUGGCAGCAAGCGCAACCAUCACGUCCCUUCUCUACGUGUCGGCAAAACCACAACCAGCGGACAGCACGGCUGCGACUGUUGGGGUGCUCCUCGUCGGCUUGAGCAAUGGAACAUUGGCGCGCAUUGACGGCAAGGACAUCCUCUCCGCUUGGGGAACCGAGAGAUUCGAAUGUCCGUUCAAAACCAUCCUGGUGCCGCUGGAGAGCCCCGAGGCUGCGCAUCGCGAUCGUCCGGUUUCGACCAUGGUGAAACAUGCUGGCAGUGGCACUGCGUGGCUAGUCUGCGAUCACAGUGUGUUUGUGUAUGACACAAGCACUGCACCACCGCUGUCGGAGUGUACACCAGUCAACAUAAGUGGUGACUAUCAGUACGACGGAGUGGCAGUCAGUGGCGAAUACGUUUUCACGACUGUGAUCGGCAAACCACUGAUCCAGGCCUGGCUGUGCACAGACCCCUUGUCGGGCACUGUGAAGCACAGAGUAGAGUUCAGCGUAUCACACCUGCUUGGCAAGCCACCACUACCUGGCAACUUUACACGGCAAGCAGCGACGGCAUCGCCGGUCGAUUACGGCUGCGUGUACCGCAUCCUGGCCCAGGGGAGAACGCUGUGGGUGGCCGUGAGCGACUGUGCACCCAGUACGGCUGCCGGCAACUCCAACUCCGUCGUUGCUGUUGUCAACGUCGCCGACCUGGGCACGCCAGUGAUCGAGGCUGUCACCCAGUGUCACAACAAGGCUGUGAGCUCCAUGGUGCUCACUAAUCUGCCAGUUCACCGAGUUCCCAAGGACAAGCAGCCACACAGAUGCCAGGCACGCAAUGAGGAGUACAGCAGCAGUGAUCAAGAGCCAGGUGCUAGCAGCAACCAAUCCGGAGGGCAACCUUCUGGCGAAUCGUUAGCGCCGUGCAUCGUCACGGCCGGACUCAGCCACAACCUUACAGAGCCGGCAACUAGCCAGGCAGUUGAAGCCGGGCAUGCUCGUACUGCAAGUACAGUGUACACGCGGGACAUCGGUGGUGCAGUGCAACAGAGCCAGGUGCUCCUCUGGGACGGCAGCUUUGGCCGCGUCCAGAGGAGACUGGACCGCGAUGCAGCGGCCAACCGCCAGGCCGCGCUGGCCCCAGCGUACACCCAGGCAAGCCAGGAGCACCUCCUCGGUUCACCGUUGUCCAUCAGAUAAACACCGACACUCAGCCGACUCUGUGAUACGCACGACUGCAUGCACGGUGCCGGUCUGGCAGCGAGAGAUGGAUAGCAAGAACUGCCUCGCACUGAGUGCCCCUGGACGUGAAUUCGGAGCGCACCCGGCAAUGCACUACUUCACAACGGCUACAGCUACAAGCCGUGCACAGCACACGGCAUACGUGUACGUGUUUCAAGUUCUGAAGUACUACAAUGUGCAUCGGGUGGACGUGUGGGUAGACCGGAGUAGCCAUGCUCUGCAUACGAAUGAACUCCUACUAUACAUUAAGACCUUGCCUUACGAAGCACCUGCUGAGUCCUUGAGUCUCCACUACCCCAAUUCAUUGAGAGAUUUAUUUUGUGUUUUGUCAGAUGGUGAACUGAGCUGGUGACCUUUUUGAAUCGCUUGAAGGCUCAGCACAGAUCCACAGCUUGAACCGAAAUUGCUUAGUGUUGCAUGCAUGCCUUGCGCAUGACAGCGCUUUACCUUAGUGUAAAUAUGUGAAGCUGUUUGAAGCAGAAAGCCAGAAACGUGCUUGGCAAAGCCGUCAUGAACGAAACUGGCGGCUUUCACCUUAUUCUUGCAGGCACCUACCUGCCUGUUGAUGCCAGAAGACAUUGUACACCGAGUUUUCAAGCUGCAGCACCGGGAUGAGAGAGAGAGAGAGAGAGAGAGAGAGAGAGAGAGAGAGAGAGAGAGAGAGAGAGACAGAGACAGAGAUAAAGAGAGAGAGAGAGAGAGAGAGAGAGAGAGAGAGAGAGAGAGAUAGAGAGAGAGAGAGAGAGAGAGAGAGAGAGAGAGAGAGAGAGAGAGAGAGAGAGAGAGAGAGAGAGAGAGAGAGAGAGAGAGAGAGAGAGGAGCACACAGAGGUCACAGUGCCCUAAAAGCACGCCAUCCUCUGUGUUGCGGCCGGACAGCACCAGCCAUUACCCGCGACUACUCAUACUACCGUAGUGUAACUGUUGUUAGAUCAUACACUCGACAUGCAUGCACUAGUAUUAUUUUAUGUUGUACGCAUGUCAUUGUACAUAUCAGAAUAAUUAUUAUGUUGGCAGUUGUCACUUUCCAUUCCCUCCCUGCCCUUUCGGAGGUGUUCACUUGAGAUCAAUAAUUAUCCUUCUCUCACUCUGACAUCUUCCCAUCUUGUGUUUGUAACACUACGUGUACCGUGCCGUCCCAUAUCGGCACAUGUAAUAUCAAGAGUAUACAUGUAUAACUAUAAGCUAAUCAGUCGUCUUGGUGAUAUUUAUUUUUAUUUUAUUCCAAGCAAUACAUGGCUGGGGUAGCCAAUGACCACUUUGCAUGGCGAUUGCAGGGUUUUUAACUUUUUAUAGCCAACCACGGCUAUUGAGUUCCAAAAAUCUGGUUCUACCUUCCGAGUUCAAGUUA